AUGCGUCUUCGCCCCCUUGUGCUGGCCGCUGCGGUGGCUUCCUCUCGCCUGGCCUCUCAAGACCCCCGCGUCCAGGUCGCUCUGACCCUCGACACGCCCUGUAAUGGCGUCAGCACAACCCAAGACGGCCGCCUCUUUGUUCUCUACGCCCGCGUCGACGGCACGCAGGCCAUGGGCCUGCCCGAGGUGGUCGAGUGGGUCAACGGUACCACCGUCCCGUACCCAGACUCACGGUGGAACUCAUAUGCCGGCCCGGACAGUGACAGUGACCCGUCCACUACCCUCGUACGCGUCAAUAGCCAGCGUGUCGACCCCGCUGGCAACCUGUGGCUGGUCGACACCGGAUCUCCUGGCUUCGGCAGCCCUGUCAUCCUUCCCCAAGGCCCCAAGCUGGUUGUCGUCGACACAAGCACAAAUGAGGUCGCACGUGUCUACCCCAUGGGGAACGUGACACUUUCCGACAGCCUGCUGGACGACGUACGAUUCGACUCCACUGGAGCCAGGGCCUACCUGACCGACGCCGGCGCCGGCGGCGCGCUUAUCGUCCUUGACCUGGACAGCGGUCAUGCUGUGCGGCUCCUGGAAGGCGACCUGUCUGUCGGGGCGUUCACGCCCCCGAGCGGUGAGGGCACCAUCCUGCGGUCUUCCUCAGGGGAGCCCUCGUACGUACAUGCGGACCAGCUAGAGGUCAGCCCGGACGGAAAGUGGCUCUACUAUCAGCCCGCCUCCGGAGGCAUGUCGCGUAUCGAGACAAGGUUCCUUGACGAGGCGUUCUACAACUCAUCCAUGGCAAGCUUGGGCGUCUUGUCUGGCCAUGUUGAGCCGUAUGCGCUGACGCCGUCCACCGGCGGGACCGCUAUCGACUCCGAGGGGAACAUUUAUGUCAGUGACACGGACCGUCACGCUGUUGAAAAGAUCUAUCCCAAUGGCACGAGGACAACAAUUGUCCGGGACGAGAGACUGCUCUGGGUUGAUGCGAUGUGGGUUGACAACCAGAACAGGCUGUGGCUGCCGGCUGCGCAGUUGAACCGGGGAGCUCCUUUCCAGCCGGACGGCCAGAGCCAGAUCACAAAGCCGUUGCAUGUAUAUACGAUUGACAUAGGCCUUGGGCCAUCUCCUAUUGAUCACAGGUGA